CUCCACUACAACCACCACACCGUCCUCUACCUCUCACCUCCCUCACCAACACCACAAUACUACAACAACAACAACCACAAAAAUGCCCCCCAAACCCUCUACCACCACCACCCCCUCCCAGCCACACAUCGCCCAAACCCUCCUCACGCGCGCGCACUCCCCCACCACCGCAACCACGCUCUUCACCGAACGCGUCGUCCAAAAACCCCUCUACAUCCGACCCACCUCGCCCACACCCUCCGACAACCGCUCCCGCCGCCGCCUCCACCGCCUCCGCAAACACCAAUACUUCCUGCGCAAGCAGAAGCCCCAGCCGCUGUCUGCGCGCGAGAAGCGCGUCUCGGGUCUCCAUGCUCUUCCCCCGGCGGAAACGAAGUAUGAGGUCUUUCAGGAGCUGAAUCGCUUGUGGGUGGCGUAUAUGCAGGGGGUGUUGGAUUUGGGGGGGAGAAGGGGAGGGGGAGGCCCGUUGGUGACGGCCACGGCGCAGGGGAGUAAACUCGUCAGUGCGGAUUUUCAUGGUGCGGAGGUGGAGGUUGUGAGGAGUCGGUGUGCGGGGAGGGUUGGGGUUAGGGGGAUUGUGGUUAGGGAUACGAAGUUUGCGUUUGUGCUGGUUAAGAGGGGGGGUGGGGUUGUUACCAUCCCGAAAGAACAGACCAUCUUCCGGUUCUACGUGCCUGUGCCGUUGCCCGUUCCUGAGACGGAGACAGAGACGAAAGAGCAAAAAGGAAAAGGGAAGGACGAAGCAGCACCGGCUACCGAAACAGACAACGCCCCGAAAAGACCCCAGCAGCUCGUCUUCGAACUCCACGGAAGCCAGUUCCAGAAUCGCCCCGUCGACCGAGCGAACAAGAAAUUCAAGUGGCGCAAUGUCGAUUAUAUCUGAACGUGGGGGUGCUGGUUACGGAUUAUCGAUUAUCGAUUUCGAUUUUGAACCAGCGGGAUUGUGGGGAUUGGCGCGGAUAUCGUGCAGAGGCUGAGGGUCUAGGCUACUGGUCUGUCAUGUCUCUGUUAGAAGAAUGACUGGGCUUGGGACAUGAUCCGUGACUUUGCGAUGAGACUACUGCUGCACUUGUGCGCAUGAACUGGUCUCGUGAAUACAGAGGUCAAGGGUAUAUCCGUAUCCGGACAGACCAUCUAUACUGGGCCAAUUCCCUGGAUCAUAACGCGAUUGUCAGUUGUCAGUCUCGAUCGCCCUCUUCUCCGUCUCAGACUAAGUAACUACUCGAGAUG